AUGCUCGACGCAAUUGUCGACGAUACGAUUGGGAGAUGCGUUGUUAUGCAUUGCGUAUGUUGCCUGCGGCUGUUGGCCCAACCCUCAGCUUCAAACCCGAGAAUCAUCUCAACGGGCCUGAACAUCAUAACCAUCCAUCACCCUCCUUCCCACGACAAGACCCUUCUCCCUACCCUCCUCCCUAUUCUUGGGACUCUCCCUAGGUUGCGGAAAUUCUCACACGCCUUUCUCGAUUCCGCACCUGCUCUCGCCGAGCGCUCCACCUGGCCUUCUCAACAGCUCCUGGAGGUUGGCCGCCUCAACGUCUACUUCCUGGUUGUGCAGUCCCGAUUCUCAAGGGUGCAACCAGAAAAGUGA